AUGGACAGAAGCCUUAACAUUCACAGGAGGACUUCUACCAUACCAGUACCAUACAAUACAGAAGACAGCGAUGCAUUAGGACAGUACAUACUAGCGGAGUUGACCUUAGCUCCCAACGCUGUCACCGGAAAUCAGCAGCUCAAGGAUCUUAUAUUCCAUAUCAAGCAGGUUUUUGAGCAUAUUCACAAGGCCAACCCAGUCGUUCCGACCUUCCAUGACUAUCACACUGUUUGGUCGUUUACUGGAACUAUUCACAAUGACCGGGAGCGUUGUGCAGCGCUAGCUGCAGCUGCUUUGGCUGCUAGUACGACUCCAGCGGAGGGUACCCCUGGGAAGGCCGCUAGUGUGAAGCCUAAGGCCUCGAAAGCGCCUGUCAAGCGGAGUCACCGCAUCGCCAAGUCAUGUCCUACCAUUGAGGAUUCGUCUGAGGAGGAGGCUAGUGUCAUAGCCGCCGCUGAGGAGGACACAGUCAUGGGUAAUCCUGACGCUUCAGGUGCCUCACAGGAGACUGACUUGGUAUUGUUUCCCUCAGCCACUAUUCAUCGCAAGGCUGAUACCAUGAUUGCGCACUUUCAACAGAUGGCUAUCGACGAUGAGGUCGAGAUUGUGGUCAAUUGUGACCCAACCGCUGGCAACAUCGUCGAGGGCCACAAGGUCCCGCUUCCUAAGUUCCUCAAGAACAAAAAGGCUGCUCAAAAGGACAAAGCGGAAUGUCAUCCGGAGGUAAUAUUGCUUCCUUACGCCCUAGUACCCGGCAUGGACUCACUAUCCCACCAAUAUCAGCUCACCGAGGCUACUAUUGCCAAGGGUAAGGCCAACAAGGCAGCUGUCCAAGCUCGGAAGCGUCCUCACGCUGCUAGUGAGCAAGCCUUCAAGGACUCGUUGUUCACUAUUGCUGCUGACCUGGCCAUCAAUAACGAGGCUAGUCAGGGUAUUAUCGAUGUGGCCAGUGCACUAGUCGGCAUCGGAGAUCAUGUCAACCCUUCAGAGAGUGUCUUACGUUCUUGGGAGGCUGAUCUUCGCAACGACAUUGUUGCUACUACCCACAAGGUCGAGUACUUGCUUAAGUAUCAUGAGUUUGUGGUAGCCCAUCAUGGCCAAGUUGUAAAACAACUUGAGAGCCAUCAGGGACCCGUGGCUAUGGAGGCAGACUCAGCUCCUGUCGCUUCUGGGUUGCAAAAUAACUAG